CACUCGCCGCGGCUCGGGACUUUUUUUCUCCCCCUGACCGCCGUCUGGUGAGGUCACGGGGCGACGUUCCUCGACGCUCGCCUCCUCUUGGCACCACGCGGUUUUCCUCCUGCUGGAGUGUGGGGAUCCUGGGCUUCGCCACUUCGGGAUACAGCCCACACCGGGUCUCAGUUUGGGUGUGUCGAGUCCGCGGCGGCCUCUUUCUGAAAGCCGCAUCUACCGCCGACAUCACGCGCCUGAUGAGAGGACCCACGGCAGGAAGGACAAGCUGCAGCCACCUCGAGCAAGGCUGUGCAACGAGCCUCUACUCUUCUCCCUCCGCACCAAGUUAAGUAGCUAGUUGUUAGUGUAGCCAGGGCAGGUUAGUCUUGUGCGAGCACGAGUAACGCUAGGCUCAGCUGAUUGUGUAUGUGAGAUUUGUCUGUGUUUUCUUUGUGUGUAAUAAAGUUAGUGCAUAGUUGUACACGAGCUUUAUUAGUAAACCUUUUGCCUGUGCGUAUGUGCCUUCCAGCCCCAUAAGGAGAGUAAAUAAGAACCCCACGGGAGAUUUGAGCAGGUAAGUCGUGUUAGUACCCCUAGUCAGGGUGUGUACACCGUUGUCUCCUGGCGAGCCGUGGGAAUCAACCCUUGUCGGCUAGCUACCGCCUUGUGAACACACACCUGUUAUUAAUCCAUUAUUUUACCCCGUGACAAUUGGCGCCCGAAACAGAGACUCCUUCUGGCUGGUAAGUGUGUGCACUUGGCUAGGUGUGUCUGUGUUUAAGGUCACAGCUUAGUAUAACUGUGUUAGUGAGACUUAUUAGCUAGCAGAGUGUUAGUUUUUACCUCUGACUAGUUUUGUGUGUUGUCCUUAGGUAUAGGUUCUGUUUUAGUGCCAGCUUUUGUUCUGUUCCUAUUGCCCCGAGUGCCAGUGAGCAUAGGGUUUGAUAUUAGGACAGAUUAUCUUCUCCCACUGCUACCGUGACUUUAUCCGCAGGUAUCGCGCUCCCUGAAGACAGCAGGUACCCUGUGCUUCGCCGGCAGAGUGUGGGCAUAAGUCCUGUGUCUGCGAGUCGCGCCUGACGGAGGCUCGGUGGGGUUUGCUGUGCCGUUCCAGUAGCCGUGCCUGGGCUCCACUUUCUUGUCUCCUCGUCGCCGUUCCUUGUGUGGGACGACCACGUGGCUCUUGUGGUCGGCGACGUGAGAAGGGACCAGCUCGACGAGACGCCAUCUGCAUUUUUACCGGGUGUGUGCGUUCUCUUUUUGUUGAGAUUUGUGCAUAAGCUAGUUUAGCCAGAUUAGUUCACCUCUGCCUGCACCUAGCUACUCAGGUUUGUGUAGGGUUCUAGAAGGCUCUAGUUUUGCCAGUUAGUCACCCCUAGCCUGGGUUUUAGUUAGCUCAGGACUGUGCAGGGUGCAGCGGUCUAGUUAGGGCCAGUUUCUCUCUCCAGCCUGUGUAGUGAGUUCAGGUUAUUUAGGGGGAGUGUGUUCUAGAUAAUUCUAGAUUUUUGGGCUGUUCAGUCACCUUAUUCUGCCAGAGUUAGUGCAGGGCAAGCCAGGCAGGAUGUUUGUUACUCGUGAGCCUUCUACCGAGUAUUGGUUUCAGCUGGGUGAGCGCCUUGAGCUGACGGGGCAAGACCUCGUCGCGUGGGUUCGCGAGGAGCUGCUGCGGGAGGCCUACUUCGAGGAGUUGGAGAGGAAAGACCGCGAGGCUGAGCUCUCCCACGAGCGAGAGAUGCAAGAGGCUCAGCGCGCCCACGAGAGGGCCAUGAAGGAGUCUGGAAGGCUCCAACGCCUCGCCCUCGCACGUCUCGCCUGCCCCUGGUUCGACACCAGCGACCUGGACACGCAGGUAACCGAGCCCCAGCCCUCCCCUGAGGUUGUCAGCACUGUGCCGUGUGACCCUGCUCGGCAGGCAGUAGCUGGGGAGGACCACGACCAAGGAGAGUGCCUGCAGGAGGAGGCUUUGCCUCUCUCCCCGGCGAUCCUGACGGUGCAGGAAUGCACGGUGGUCCCGGUAGACGACGCAGACGCGCAGCCGCCUUGCGUCUCGAGUACGGUUGCUGGUGCCAGAGCAGAGGAAGAGGGGAAUCUCGAGCCCUCUGCGCUGCUGACGGUGUCACAGGAGGAAGCGCUGGAGCUGAAGGUUAGUGACGCGGGGCAGCUGGUCACCGCCUCUCCCUCGCCCGUUUCGGUUCCUACUGCCUCGCGCAAGAAGCCUCCUGACAUAGACGUCAAGGCCUCGCUAGGUUGCGCCUCAGCACCUCCUGACGCGGGGCAGCUGCCUCCUGAUUCUCCCUCGCUCGCCUCGGAAUCCACGGCCACGCGCAAGAAGCCUCCUGACAUCAAUGUCAAGGCUUCGCUGGGUUGCGCCGCAGCACCUCCCGGAAAACAAGGCCACCGCACAGCCAAGCUGUCUCGCCUUCGCCGUGGUCUAGGUAAGAGUGACUGUUCAGUGUUGUGUGAGGGUUCCGGGCGACGCCGCCGCAGAAGGAGGCGUGUCACCCGAGGGCUUAGAGGUCGCGCCCUUGCCAGGCGCCCUUGGAAAGCCCGCCCUCCGAGUUCCUUCUGGCGUGCAGCCAGACCUGCAAGUGUAGGUAGGCCGUCGUGUGUAGGUCGUCGCCGUGAUUCUGUGAAACAAGUAGACACACUUCACUACACAGUGCCACACCACACUAAAUAUGGACAUGUGUCCCUAGUCUUGUCUCGGGCCUCUCUGCAGCUUCAGGAGUUUUCUCCAUGCUUGUAGUAAAAGGCUGGAGUUUUUACACUCAUCAAGCUGAAGGGAGCCACCCGAUGACGUACACCUUGUGCUUGUGUAACUAGGUUUAGCUAGGGGUUAGUUCAAAUUGUAUAUGUACGCUACGAGUAGCGCCCAUGAUAAAAUUUCAUUUGCAUGGGCGAAUGUCGCGGUUUAGAUUCGCGACAAGUUAUUUUUUUAUAUUAUUUGCUAUAGGGAAGCUGCUGACGCGUUUUCCUAGUUCGUCACGUGACCUAGGCGCGGGGCGGGUCACGAUGACUCAGCCUGUUCGUUGCCUAGGCGACGAGCGUAGUGAUGCCAAGGCGUGCAUUUUCGUUGCGGGUCGCCCGCUGUGUUUUACCUGCGCUUACGCACUUUCAGGAGUCGCCACUCCACUCUGCAGGUGCGUAGUAGUGUGUGCAUUACUGCAGCUAGUUACGCCUCUGUUGAUGAGGAAGUCUUGUAUUGUCUUUGUGCUUCCCGCCAUGGGGGCUGUUGCCGCCCGUGGCCUGUGUUGCUAGCCCGCGAUUGUUGCUUUCCUCUACGUGUCUGUACGUAGCUUGCUCCGCUGUUUAUAUUGCGGUGCCAUGCACUUGCAAGUUAUAGCUGCGCGUCAGGAAAGUGUAACGAUAUCUGCCUAUGGCAGUAUUGCUCAGAGUGCUGUCAGCACCUCUGUUGUAUUUUUCCGCGCCAGCAGCGUUUUGCAUCUCGGCCGGGCGAGUUGGGGACCGUCAGGUCACUCGCCGCGGCUCGGGACUUCCUUCUCCCCCUGACCGCCGUCUGGUGAGGUCACGUGGCGACGUUCCUCUACUCUCGCCUCCUCUUGGCACCACGCGGUUUUCCUCCUGCUGGAGUGUGGGGAUCCUGGGCUUCGCCACUUCGGGAUACAGCCCACACCGGGUCUCAGUUUGGGUGUGUCGAGUCCGCGGCGGCCUCUUCCUGAAAGCCGCAUCUACCGCCGACAUCACGCGCCUGAUGAGAGGACCCACGGCAGGAAGGACAAGCUGCAGCCACCUCGAGCAAGGCUUUGCAACGAGCCUCUACCUUCUCCCUCCGCACCAAGUUAAGUAGCUAGUUGUUAGUGUAGCCAGGGCAGGUUAGUCUUGUGCGAGCACGAGUAACGCUAGGCUCAGCUGAGUGUGUAUGUGAGAUUUGUCUGUUUUUUCUUUGUGUGUAAUAAAGUUAGUGCAUAGUUGUACACGAGCUUUAUUAGUAACCCUUUUGCCUGUGCGUAUGUGCCUUCCAGCCCCAUAAGGAGAGUAAUUAAGAACCCCACGG